AUGGCCUCAUGGCUUUCCUUAAGAAGCAUUCAAUGCAGCAGAUUUCCUCCAUCCCAUCCCAUCUGGCUGUUUCCCCACAGUCAACAGGAGUCUCCACCCUGGGAUCAUUCUGCAAUCCCCAUGGCUCCAGCUCCCAGCUUCCAUGGACACCAGUGGACUUACAACCCUGUCCAAGGGUCCUGCCUGCUCCUGCUGCUGGUCAUGUCAAAUCUGCUCCUGUGCCAAGGCAGCCCAUGCCCGGACCUCUGUCCUGAGGGGGAUGAACUCUGCCGGACUGCCCUUAGGGAUCUGUUUAUCCGUGCCACCAUCCUGUCCAACGACAUGUAUAACCAUUCUGCGAAAAUGUUCGAUGACUUUGAUUUAAGAUAUGCCCAGGGCAAACCGUAUCAUAUCAAUGCCUCCAACAACUGCCACACCAAUACCCUCCAUCUCCCUGAAGCUAAAGAACAUGCCCAACUCAUGAACAAUAAAGGCCUUAUUACGUGGAUACUCAUGUUACUGUACUCCUGGGGUAAACCUCUGUAUGAGCUAGUCACGGAGCUGCGGAGUAUGAAAGAAGUCUCAGAUGCUAUCCUAUCAAGCGCCAGAGAAAAUGUGAGAAAAGUAAAAGAACUUCAAGCACUCAUAGAGAGGCCAUUCAGCCAGGUUAUUUCUAGAGCCAGGAGGAAGAUGUUCUACGCUCGCAUUUACUGGUUUGGACUCCGAUCCCUGAAGUCGAGCAAUGAAGAAAGGCGUCAUUCUGCAUUUUUUAACUUGUUUCACUGCCUGCGCAGGGAUUCACGUACACUUGACCUUUACACCAAGCUACUGGCAUGCCGACAGCUCUACAAGAAGUGUUAA